AUGGCAGCAAAUAUAUCACCUCUGAUCGCAGGAUCAUCACAACAACAACAACAACAACAACAACCACCACUCAAUGGAAGUAGUAAUAAUGCAUUGAAUCGUAGUACACCAUCGAUAUUGGGUAACAGUACUAUAUCAUUGGAUAUGUCAGGUAAUGGCUAUGAAGUGAGUCCAUUGACAUCAUCGUCUGAAGAGUUGUUUGAUUACUCACAACACGAACACUCUGAAGAAUCAGUGUCAUCCAAUACACUAUGGUACAAAGAGGCUAUCUUUUAUGAAGUCUAUGUACGUGCCUUUUGUGAUGUCGAAGGUACUGGAAAUGGAGGUAUAUCAGGUAUCACUGCAAAACUUGAUUAUCUUCAUUCCCUAGGUGUUGAUUGUAUCUGGUUAUUACCAAUUUAUCCUUCUCCUUUAAAAGAUGACGGAUAUGAUGUAGCAGAUUAUUGUGAUAUACAUCCAGAUUAUGGAACAUUGAACGAUUUCAAGGUAUUGGUAAAAGCAGUACACGAAAGAAAUAUGAAGAUUAUAGCCGACUUUAUUCCAAACCAUUGUUCGGAACAACACAAAUGGUUUCAAGAGGCUAGAAAAGACAGGAAUUCACCUUUUAGAGAUUACUUUGUUUGGAGUGACACUCCUACAAAAUACAAAGAAGCUAGAAUUAUCUUUUUAGAUGUUGAAACUUCAAAUUGGACAUUUGAUCCAGUAGCAGGACAAUAUUAUUGGCAUAGAUUUUAUAAAGAACAACCAGAUUUAAAUUUUGAUAAUCCAAAGGUACAGCAAGAGAUGCUAAACAUUAUGAAGUUUUGGUUGGAUUUGGGUAUCGAUGGAUUCAGAGUGGAUGCAGUACCAUAUUUGUUUGAACGUGAUGGAACGAGUUGCGAGAAUCUACAAGAGACGCAUGAUUUCCUAAAAGAGAUGAGAAAGUUUAUCGACAAUCAGUACCCGGGACGUGUCAUCUUGGCCGAAGCUUGUCAAAUGCCAAACGAGGUGAGAAAGUAUUUUGGCGAGGGUGAAGGAGACGAAUUCAACAUGGGAUUCCAUUUCCCAGUGAUGCCACGUGUCUACAUGUCCAUCAUGAGAGGUGAUGGUCAAUGUCUCAAAGAAAUCAUGGAACUGACACCACCUAUCCCCGCCACCUGUCAAUGGGUCACAUUCCUUCGUAACCAUGAUGAACUCACCCUUGAAAUGGUCACUCCCGACGAAAGAAAGGAAAUGUGGGCUCAUUAUGCUCCCAUCCCAAGAAUGAAAAUUAAUCUUGGUAUUAGAAGAAGAUUGGCUCCUCUUUUGGACAAUGAUCAAAGAAAGAUUGAAUUGGCAUAUUCAUUAUUGUUUACAUUGCCGGGGUCACCUAUUAUUUAUUAUGGCGAUGAGAUUGGGAUGGGUGAUAAUAUAUGGUUGGAGGAUAGACAUGGAGUUAGAACACCGAUGCAGUGGGAUGACUCGUACCCUAAUGGAGGGUUCUCAACGUCGAGACACCCCUAUUCACAGGUGAUAGACGAUCCCAUCUAUGGAUACCAACGUGUCAAUGUCAAGGAAGCUGAGAAGGAUCCGUCUAGUCUAUUCCACAUCAUUCGUCAGAUGAUCCAACGUCGUCGCAAACACAUGUCGUUUGGUCACGGCUCCUUUACAUGGGUCCCUACCAACAACCGACACGUUACAGCCUACCUACGUGUAUUUGGUAUUGAUCGAAUGUUAAUUAUCCAUAACCUUACCAAUGAGCCACAAUCAUGUACUCUCAAGAUACACAAAGACAUGCAAACUCAAUGGAGGACUCCAACUCCCACAAGAAGAAAAGAUGGUGCUCAACAACAACCAACUCAACCACAACAACCAGCUCAACAACCAGCUCAACCACAUAUAGUAGGACCAACAACAUUAUCAGCACACGAUGUAUUUGGAACAUCGGCUUCAUUUAGCACACAAAAAGAUUUAGCUAGAAAGUUGUUAUCAACGAUUGACGAUGAUCCUCAAUCCCAUUAUUUGGUUGAUAUCCUGACCGACCAUCAAUGCAUGAUUGAUACCAACGGUGUAGUUAAAAUCGAUCUUGACCCAUACCAAUUCUAUUGGUUCUCAAUGGGUGAACUCAGUACCCUCGGAGGUGGAACUGCAUCAAGAGACCUAAGAAGAAAAAAUAAUAAUAGUAUAGAUAAUAAUAAUAAUAAUUUAUUGAUAAAUCAUAAUCAUCAUCAUUUAUAUCGUCGUCAUCAUAUUAAUAAUAAUAUGACUAAUAAUAAUAUUAACAAUAAUGGUAAUGGUAAUGGUAAUCAGCAACAACAACAACAACACAAAGAUGAUAUCAUAAAGACACAUAGUUACCGAAUUAUGAAACAAGGAGAUGAUCAAAUGAUCUCUUCUGAAGAAUCGACGACAAAGACAGAAAGUGUUAUCUCUACCAUUACUACCACAUCUACUACAUCUAAUAAUAAUAAUAAUAAUAACUCAAGAUUAAUAUCAUGUUAUUCUGUAUAUAAACAAUACGAACCAAAGGAAUGUCUCAAAGAUGAUGCAUCACAAGAAAGAGACUUUCAAAAAAGAAUCGAUACGUUGUACCCACCCGACUACAAGGACAACAUCCGCCAAGAACAGAUUCAGUUGCUCGAGCAAUGUAAAAAGGGUCUAGAAUGGAGCAUUGUCAUUUCAGAUUGUGCAGGCAUCGAAUUGGCAUUACAACAACUUAAAAAGUACAUCAACUUGAAAUAUCCUCUCUCAAAGGCCGACUAUGAAUACUAUAUCAUCACUCUAUUCAAUUUAUUAUACGAUGGUAAAGUUAAUUCAAUCGAUAAUAGUAUCAUGGCUUUUUUAAUUAUUCUUUUAAUUCAUGGAAAGAAAUUAAUUGAUAUUGUAAUUGAUUGGGUACCUUUAUUUAAUAUGUUUAGAAAAUAUUAUAAUUAUAAUAUUGUUCCUCAAACCAUGUUGAAUGAACAUGUUAGUAAUGAUAUAAAUAAAUAUAAAAGAAAUAUUCAUUCAUUGAUUAUUGCAAGUAGACCAUUUUUCAGUAUCAAUGCAUUUGAAGAGAUUAUGGAACAAGUUAAACCAUUACUUUGUCCACACUCAAAUACUGUGUUUGUUGGAUUGUUUACAAUGACUGUUAUGUUGCCAACACAUCAUUUGGCAAGUCACACCUCGAUUCCAUCAUUUGCCUAUGAAUUUCUAUCGUAUUGGGAGUGGAUUGAAAACAACAACGAUUGGGAUGAACGUUGGCUCAUGUUGUUGAGUCGUGUCAUCAAGCAUUCGAUCAAUGUCAAUUGGACCGAGUUGGCACCACGUCUCUACACUCACUUUAUCCGUGUCGUCGACUUGUCCAUUGGUAAUCCAAAGUUUGCUCAUUUGAAACCACUCAAAAACAACAUCCCAGUGGCCAUCAAGAUUACAAGAGAUGAAAACAUUGAAUUCACUACAAUGGGUCGUACCAUUGCCUCGUUGAUCAACUAUCAAGGUGAUACAUUGGAUUUGGUGAAUCGUUUCUUUUCUUCCAUCUCUUCUUAUUUCCAUCCAAGUAAUCAUGGUGAAUGGUCCAUCUCUCUUUUAGAAUUAAUUAUUUCAACUUGUCAUAGUUUUACUAAAAAACAUCUUAAACAACCAUUUAAUCAAGAAAUUAUAAAGAGAUUUUAUGCAGAUAUAUUCCCUCAUGUUGAAAUUACAUUAUAUUCAAAAAAGAAAAAUAAUAUUUUAAAUACUUGUAAAAUUGUAAAAGAAUUAUGUUAUAUUGCACCACAAAUCAUUUUACCAAAUUUAUUGGAAAAAUUGUAUGGAUCGAUUGAUAAGGAAGAAGUAAAUAGAAUUGUUAGUGAAUUGGAGGUUAUUUCAACUUGCUUCCAUCCUUUAAUUGUUCAACCAGAACUAUUCCCAGAAGGGAAAUCCCAUGUAUAUAAUUUAAUGGUACUAGCCUUGAAUAAUAUGGAUCCUAUUCAUCCAAACAAAGCUUCUGCUGCUUUUAAAUUCUUUAAUAGAAUAUUUUCAUGUGUUUUAUUAAAUGAUGAAACGAUUUAUUUAACUGAUACAAAUAAUUCAAAUGAAUUUGAUACUAGUGCAACUUUGGCAACUUCAUCAUUCCUCGAUUGGUCUUUAUUAUUUUUAGAUUCUGUUUUAAAUUUUAUUCGAAAUGCAUCAACAAAAAAAGAAUUUGCAGAACAUAAAAGAGUUACACCACCAGGAGUAUUUUUACAUGAAACAAUUGGAUUAUUCUUUUGUCAAAUGUCUGAUGAAGUGUACAAUGCGGUAUUGGAAAAAUUGGUACAUUUCUUUAAAAAGACAUUUGAACCAGACUAUUACAAACAAUAUAGUGCCUUUUUAUGUGCUGCUACACUUCGUAACCCGACCAAGUCAUUGGCCACUCUAUUGCCAGUGUUUAUAAGCAAACUGUUUACCAAGCAACAGGAUGCUCAGGGUAGCAACAAAUACCAAAUCAGAGACUUGUCGGACGAAGAAUACAAAUGGUACAUUCAAUUGAUGGGAUACACAGUCUUUAAGAGUGGUGCUGCUCUCUUGAAUCAUCAAGACGAAUUUAUCAAGAUUUGCAAUGUAUUGUUUGAAUCCAACAACAAGGUCAUCAUCAAACAAGUAAGCAAGGUUGUAAGAAAGUCCAUCUUUUCUCUUACUCGUUACUAUCCAUCAAAUAAUCGAUCGAUUCCAACUCCACUCUUUGUUGAAAAGGUCAAUCAUACCAAAUAUUGGGGUAUCACUGAUGAAUCUAUUAUUUAUCCUAUUGAAUGGUUCCAACCUGUAUGUCAAAACAAAUUAAAUAGAGAAUUAUAUACCAAAGAAACAACAGAAUUUUCAAAAAGAUUAAUUGAAUUAUAUUUAAUUGAAAGAGUUGAUAGAUUGGAUAAAUAUAUUGACGAGAUUUCGACGCAUAGUAUUCUUCGUACUGCCGUGUUUUUGAUGAAUGAUGACGAUCUCAAACCUGCCAAGAUCGAUGACUCUUGCAAGUAUAUCUAUCCAAGAAUGGUCCCAUCUCAUGGAAGAAUCACAAUUGAAAGUAUAAAGAAUGAACCACAACACAUCUACCGUGUCAUUCGCCGGUUACUCGAUUUUGUGCAAUCACAAAAGAACGAAGAGAUUAGUGUACUCAAGGGUAUCUCUAAAUGCUUGCUCUCACUCAACUAUGGGUUCUUAGAUAUUCAAGAUCGUACGAGUGAAGCGCUCUUUUCCAAAUGGAAGAAUCUCAAACGUUACAAGACGAGAAAUGCAAUCAUCUUUAAGGGAUACAAGGCACAUCUGCUCCGUCAAACCAUUGCCUCUGAAAAAUUGCCUCUUACCAAUACCACCCAAAGCUCCUUGUUUGACCUUCUCGGUCUGUCGGUUCAUCGAUACAAACAACUUCGUGCCGUCGCUCAAGAUGCAUUGACACGUGUCGCUCAACAUCACGUCGGAGGUGUCUCUUCAAUCCUACCAAAAUUGGUUGAAAACUUUACACAACAACGUUCCGAUGAGGAAAUCAAAGGCAGUAUCUAUCUAAUGUGUAACAAGAAUGUCUUAAAGAAACUUAAAACAAAUUGGAAAUGGAUUCAAUCUCUAUCAAAUACUUUUAUUAAUAGUUUUGAUAGUAAAUUCAAGACAACAACUAGGGAAACAUUUGUUAAAUUUAAACAUCAAUUUAUUUUAUCAAAAUAUGAACCAGUAUUGAUUUACCAUUCAUCAAAUCAAAUGAUGGAUUUGGAUCAUUAUUCUCCAACUUCUUCAAUGCCAUCAAAAGAUAUACUAUCCAAACAAAAAUCUUGGUUUGAAAAGAAGAAUCUUGCAAAUAUUGAAUACUUACGUCAAAUUGUUGAAAAUAUUAUUGAUAGAUUAAAAGUUCAUGAAAAGAAGGACAAUUUAACAUGGAAAGAUUUAAUAUUCCUUCAAACCUUUAUGAUUUAUUUAAUUGCAACAUUUAUUAAAUCCAUUUCAUCAUCUGAUCAAGAUCAAUUAAAAUCUGCCUUGUUGGGUUCAAUCGUCAUUACUCCACAACAACAAGCAAACAACAAUGGUGGUGGUGGUAUUGGUGUUUUUGGUGAAGUUUUGGUUAAAAACAUUAGUAUGAUUAAAGAUUCUAUUAUUAGUAUCUUUAAAAAUAUGAAUAGUGAUUAUCCAAUCACCAGAAUUUUAUCAAUUAAUUUAAUAUCACAAAUAUUAUUUGAACAGAAAAAGGGUACUAGAGAAAUUUGUUUUGAACAUUUUUGGAAUAAUGAUGAAACAGCUGUUGCUGCAGAUGAAAAGAUGGAUAUUGAUCGUAAUGGAAAUGAUGGAGAUCAAGAAAUGGAACAAGCUCGUGAUGACAACAACAACGAAUACUCUGUAUUACUAUGCGAUGAAGAAGAUAACUUGAUCAUGAAAUCUCUAUCAAGUAUUAUUGUACCAUCUAUUCAAUCAGUGUUUGACGAUCAAUUCCUUGAUAAAUUGGUAUCCUACAUUAUACAAGAUCAUGAUGUUGAAAGUCAAAGUCAUAACAUUGGUUGUGCCAUCUCUGCUAAAAACUUAUCAUUACUAUGGCCAAACUCUAGACAUCCAGUUGGUGCAAAAUUAUUUAAAUUACAAAAUGCAAAAUUAUUUUAUAGCUUCUUUGCAUGGAAUGAACAAUUUUAUCCAAGACUUGUCAAGCAAAUUGAAGCAUUGAAAUUAAAGAAUGAUAAAGAAGAUCAAUCAAUGUUGGCAGAAAUGGUUGCCGGCUUGGGAAGAUAUGUCACAAGUGGUAAACAUUCUGAUCAUUUCAAUAAGCAAGAUGCCAUCAACUACUUGACAGACCUUUUACUCACCUGUUUGAAUAAUUGUUCAAAUGAAUUAAAUGAAACUUGGAUUUUGGUUAUUAGAUUCAUUUCCUAUAAUACUAAAAUUGCCGAUUUGAAUUGGUUAGUUGAAAUAUUAUUUAAAUUAUAUAAUAAUCCAUUAAAUAUAUUUUCACAAGCAAAAUCGAUUAGAUUCUUUAAGGCAUUGGUAUUUGAAAUCACCUAUAAAUCUACUGAUUUGUUGGAUAAAUUUAUGAAGAUUUGUCUCAAAGAGUUUUCAAAUCCUCAUAAACAAGUUCGUGAUGAAGUAUAUAAAUUAUUUGUAAAUGUAUUAAUUUAUCAAAGUAAAUUUUUAAAUCAAGACAAUACAAGAGUAUUGAUUUUGGAACCACCCAUUCUACCAAAUGAAUCAAUACAAACGUUUUCUAGUAUUGUUGCUGAAUGUACAAACCAAUCAUUGACCACUGAAGUUAGAAACAGUGUCAAGGAGACGUUUAUUGCCAUGGUAUCGAGUGCAUUCUCAAAGGGUUUCUCCAACAUCAUGAUGAGAAUCACUCCAAGCAUGUUGCCGACACUCUUUUCGUUUACGUCAGACACGAACCAGGACAUCUCCAAAUCAGCCAUGAUGUGCAUUGCUUCGAUGGCACAAGGAUUUUAUUUGGACCAACAAGUCUUGUCCCAGCUCAUUCAACAACUUCAAACCAUUGCCCAAUCCUCAUUCUGGAGAGUCAGACGCUCCAUUCUCCCAUUUGUUCAAAUCAUGUACUUUAAUCACGCACUCUUUUUAUCGUCUGAACAAAGUGAUGCCUUUUUCGAUCUCGUCCUCGCCCUCAUCAGAGACACCCAAAUCGAAGUUAGAGAAUUGGGUAAAGAUACCUUAGCUUCCAUGUUGGUAUCUAGUAAAACAAAUCUAACAAGAAUCUCAAAGUUUAUUGAAACAAGUAUUAAAGGAUUAAAGAAUUCAAAGAUUACAAAUGAAAAUGUUACUCAAAAACAUCAAUACAUUUUAAUUCUAAGUUCCAUCAUUCUUUCAUCACCAUAUCAGAUCCCAAGCUACUUCCCACCGAUUAUGGAGUGUCUGUCUGGAUAUUCCAGUGCUAUGCCUCCCAUUAGAGAUACAGUUCAAUCAACGUUAUCAGAAUUUUGGAGAACACACAAGAGUACUUGGGAAGAAGAGAAACUUCUUUUCAAUGAAGAACAGAGAGAAAUGAUUAGAGGUACUGUAGCUUAUCCUAGCUAUUAUGCUUAA